GGUUAUGAAAUUUAAUCUUUGACUUUUUUUUCAGGAUUUUCUAUUUUCUUUAACAAAGUCCUGAUGGAAAGAGCAUCUUGUUAGGGAUUUACCUCCUGCAGCAAGAUGUCCUUCAUAUUAAGCCUGCGGAAAUCACCUAGAUAGCGAUAAACCUGAAGAGAAUUACAAGAAAAACGGUGCUCAGCCUUCCUGAGCUGAUGGCCUUCUUCAGACAACUGAAACUUCUUCUCUGGAAGAAUGGACUGGGCGUCAUCAGACAGCCGUUAUGGUCCAUUACCCUGAUUACCUGGCCUUUGAUCAUCUUCAUCCUCAUAGCUGUGACUCGUCACCAUUUCACUCCAGUUGUAAAAGAUACAUGCUAUGUUGGACCCCGGAACCUACCGAGCACAGGCUUCUUCCCUUUCCUGCAAACCCUCCUCUGCAACACAGACAGCAAAUGUCACAACACAUCUCGCUUGGCACACUCAGAGGCAUCAAAGUCAUCAAGGGAACGGAGGUCUGCCAAUUUACCAAAGACAUCUCCAUUGGCAAGUCUGAUGCAAGGAAAGAACUUUUUCAGCCAGGCUUUCCCUGAUGACCCUAAAAAUGAUCCUGCAGAAUUGGUUAAGCUCCUGGAAAACAUUGUUGGUUCAUCUACCAGAGCAAAAUAUCAAAAUGUUCAUCUCAUGAAUGCCCUUAACACCUCCUUCCAUGAUCAGGAGGCCAUAAACACAAUCAUGGAGUCAGUGAACGUUUUCAAGAAAGCUAUCUGCACUGUUGCAUUUCCUUUGAUAAACCAAACCUCACCCAACACAAUCAGCAAUGCUAUGGUAACUUUCUGUAAUUCCAACACCACUGCAUUAGAAGCCUCACUUCAAACAAUGAAUAAGAUAUUUGAAGAUCUGCUGCUGACCAGUCCAGAGGAGAUGAUGACAAUGGGGGGACAGAUAGUUGUGCUCUUUGAUCAGCUUCAAAAUGAAACGUCACUGUGGGACACUCUUCUAGCUUUUCCCGAAGUCUUCACUUCUGAUUCUUUUGAUGACAUGCUGAACAACACAAAAACCUUGCUCUCAAACAUGCAGCGCCUUUUGCGUUUCUUCCAAACCAUGUCCCCUGACACUGCUGACUUACUCUAUCAAGUGCAUGCAGUGAUUGAGAACACCAUUGAUGUGAUCCACUAUGUCCAGAACUGGCCUGGAAAAGGUGUUUCGAUAACCCUUGGAGACAUUGUCACGUUAAGGAAUAACUCAGUCAGUGACAUUGUCAAACAAAUUUUACAGGAGGUUGACAUACCUCUGCACCAGGCUGUAGCGCUGAUGUGGGACAAAGAUAUGGUGAACUCCUACUUGUGUGACAGCAGCAACAACACAAUAUGGCUAACAGCAGCAUGCAGUACAGGCACUGUGGACAUGCUCCUGAGCUGGAUUUGUCCUGAAAAGCUGGCAAUGGAGGUCUUCCUGGCAUGGACUAAGCAUGUGGCAGCAGAUGAUGUGUCCUUUGUGAGAGACCUGGUGCAAAGUCUUAUGGGGGUUGCAUCCUCAGGAAAACAGGAUCCCCACAGGUCUAAGCGCAGCAUGGAUGCAGAGCCACAAAGCGACGAGGAAGAACUGUUUUUGGGUGUCACUCAAGCACUGCUAGAGAUCACCAAAAUUGAUCCUGAGCUGGACAUGGUUGUUCACAGAGCUCUCAAAACCAGUUUCCAGUCCAUGAAGGCAACAAGGGUGGCUUUGGUCACUGUACAAAAGGUGAUCGGCAAUGUCAUGGAAGACACACGUAAUCUCCAAAUGAUCUAUCACAUGUUGAUGACGAACCAGUCUGCGGCAGCGGCUUGGUUCAGCCGGGUAGCACUCAGUGUGGUGGAAGUUAUUCAAAAGGCUGUGGAGCAUGAAGAAUGUGAGGAAGUGUUUGAGAGCUUCGAGUGGCUGCUGCCCUCUGAGACAGCAAACAUGAAUGUGUGGAGAUCCAUGUUCUGCCAAAAUAUCUCUGCAUUGAAUACAUCUUUGCUGAUGGACUGGAAUCCUGUAGUACAAAAGGCAGAAGAAGUGUACUUGGUCCUCACAGGCCAGUCAGACUUUAACCUGACACUUUCCAUGAUGCUCUCGGAGUGGAACGAGUUGUACAAUGCCAGCAUGCAAUUUGGAGAAUUUAUGGACAGACUAAUAUCCCAGUUUGGUCAAAAGGGAUGGAUGAACUGGUUCCCUAACCAAUACCCACAUGACAUUAUGAAAACUCUUCAACAAAGUCUCUUCAUGUCAAUGGCAAACUUGGGAGAAGAGCUUGAGAAAAGCGAUGUGUGGCCAGAGGUGAAGGAUUACUUCCACAGCAUUUACUGGAUUUUGAACUACAGACCUGGUGUUGAAAAAGAGCCUCCAAAUUGUGUCGUUGAUGCCCAUUCACUGAUAUUUCAAUGUGACACUGGUCUGCAGUGGCCAAAGUUUGUCAAAGCAAUAACAGAUGCUGUGAUGUCACCAAAUGAAAAUGUCCUAGUGAAUGCUCUGAAAGGAACAGUGAACCUGCUGCAGCAUGUGUAUGGGGAUAUGUACAAAAAUCUGACAGCCACCUAUUUAAAGGAAGAGAUUGAAGGAGGGGAUGCUCUUUCUGCCUACCUGACCAAGUUAAUUCUGAACUUGGAUGGUUUUCUCCAAAAUCUUACUGUUCUGCCUGAUCGAAACAUCUCAGACCCUGCCAUCAUAGGACCCCUCAUCAUUGAGCUGUUAGAGUCUGCCGGUCUUAAGCCACUCCAGCCUCUGCUCUUUAAUAGCAGUUCGGUUAAUGCCUCCACAGUGCUGGAUGCUGUCUUACAGAUAAUUAGGCUCAAUCAACAAAUAUUUACAUUUGGAGAGACAGACACUUCAAUGAAAGGACUGGAGCAGUUGAUUAUGCAGUUCCUAUCUAUGGAGGGCAAUCUGACACUUUCUUUCUCCAACAUUCUGGGACAGAGCCUGCUAGCAUACUCAGCCUCCAUCAACCCCAAGAACGUGUCCUUUAUCACGGAGGUACUUCAUCAGUUCACCAAUCAGACCUUUGAUGAAGCCAUCCUUGAUGUUGUGGAGCUUCUGAAAACACUAAGUGAUUCUCCAAAUGACCUCAGCAAUGUCCUUCUUGGGUACCUUCACCAGCUUAGAAAUGUUGUAACUUCUCUAAUCAGGCUGCAGAGAAUUGAGUAUGUUCUGUCAUCCAAUGGUCAACUAACUGCUGCUCAAGUCACUGACCUUCAGACGGUAUCAAUUAACUUUCUUAACCUCCUUGACCCUGAGAACCCCCAGGGUCUAACUCAGGUUGGACCAGAUGUGGCUCAGGAGCUCAUCAUCCAGAAGUUGCUGGCCUUCCUACCACCCAAUGUCCAGAAGAAUGCUACUGACUUUCUGCAGAAUUUUAAAGCUCUCCAGGAUCAGUUUACCAAAUGUGAAGAAGGCGAGAACUGUCUGCAAGGCAUAUCAGAAAUCCCUACCUUGUUGAACCAGAUAAUAGAGGUCCUUCUAACUGCCAGUGGAGAUGUCACUAUCUCAAUAUCGCCAAACAGCACUGUCCCCUUGCACCUCGAGCAGAAGGAACUUACAACAUUAAUGUUCUCCCUCAUGUUGUCACCAAAUGAUGCAGCCCAUGUAGAAACAUUUAAGCAAACCCUCAAUUUCAUCAAACACAUCAUAGAGAUGGAAAACAUCACCGCAGCUAGUGUCCAGAAUGCUCUAAUGCAGUCAAACCUAACCAGGAAUGAUCUGUUUGAAAUUGCAACACUUCUUGGAGCUUCUAGUCUGGAUGAUUUCAUUGCAAAGAUCUUCAACAUUUACACUGAAAUCAACAAAAACUGUUCUGGUCCUCAGAGUAACCUGACGUCAAACUGUUUUCUAAGCAUAGUGAAUGGUGCCACAAGCUUUCUGACAAACAUACCAGCCCUCAGAAAUGAAACCACACUCCUCUCUUUCAUCCCAGUUAUUGUCAGUGAAACUCUCAGUGAUUUCAACCAAGUGGACCUCAGCUCUGAUCCUGACAUGGCUGUUGUGCAAACUUUAGAAGCCAUUUUGACUAAUAUCAAGUGGAUACUCCAGAUGAACCAACAAAACAGUUCAGACAUCAUGAACGAAAUCACAAUGGUGGACCAUCUGAUAGAGCUGGUCACUGACAGAAAACCAUUUAACAGCUUGAAUAAUACCAUGAGGGACCCACUUUAUGCACAGAAACUCCUCCUUGAGCUUGUGGAUUGGUAUAUUGCAAGGGUUGAAAUGAUCACCAGUAACAGUUCAGUUUCUGAGUACCUUCAUGACUUUUUCUACUUCACCAAGAUUCAGGUGGCAACCCAACUGGCUCAGAUUGAAUUCACCAUGUAUGUGAAUGAGAAAACCCUGUUCUUAGUGAACAGCCUCGAGUACCCAUUGAAUGGCGGAGACAUACGUCUAAUUGGAAAAACAACAAUCGAUAUCAUUCGACAUCUAUUGGUCUUCAUGAACACAACGGUACAGCUUCAGGAUAACAUUCCCGGUUCGGAACAGCUGGAGCCCAUUGGUGCCCAAAUCAGGCUCUACCUUGACCUAAUUGAGAAAUGGAUGGAGCAGCCAAACAUUCCAGAGCUCCUCACUAGUAUGCUCCAGUGGGGAAACUCCUCUAUGUCAACCCCUGUGAGAGACCUGAAUUUCUUGCUGCAGACAAUGUCUCAUUUGCUCAACCACAAUCAGAAAGAAUUCCUCUGGAUUAUAACCAACUUGACAGAGUCUCUCAACAAUGCCUUAACAGUGGCAGAGCAACCAGGUGGCUUACAGAGUGAUGGCUUCAUGUCUGAAAUCUUAACGGCUCUCAACACAGUCAUGCAGAUCCGGGGCCCAAUCGGAGGUCCCCUUCCAUCCAAUAUGCAGCAGGAUAUUCUGGAAAUUGUGAAUGGUUCCCUGAGUCUCAUUGUUAACCAAAACAUGAGUUUUUCUUCAUCACUGAACAUUUCCCUACUCAUCCUAGAGAAAACUGAAAACAUUAUACAACAAACAAUGCUGCAAAACUAUUCAGAAUACCUGCUGCCAAUAGUUAAACUAGUCACCACAUACUUUGAGAGCAUAUCUACAAGCAGCGGGCAAGAUCAGUGGAAUCAAUUAAUUUUGAAUGAAAUGAAGACAAUCCAGAGCAUCCUGCCGCCAAACAGCACAGCACAAUACUAUGUUCAUGUUCUCACCGAGAUCACUGAGUUCAUCUUAUACCCUAACCACGGCAACAUGAGUCUUUGGGAACAUUUUGAGGAUCUAUCAAUGGAAACCUUACCAGAAGCUCUUGGCCAGAUACAGCUGAUGUACCUGGCAGAGCAACCAGGUGGCUUACAGAGUGAUCGCUUUGUGUCUUCAAUCCUAACUACUCUCCACACAGUCAUGCAGAUCCGGGGCCCAAUCGGAGGUCCCCUUCCAUCCAAUGUGCAGCAGGAUAUUCUGGAAAUUGCGAAUGGUUCCCUGACUCUCAUUGUUAACCAAAACAUGAGUUUUGCAUCAUCACUGAAAGUUUCCCUACUGAUCCUAGAGAAAACUGAAAACAUUAUACAACAAACAAUGCUGCAAAACUAUUCAGAAUACCUGCUGCCAAUAGUUAAACUAGUCACUACAUACUUUGAGAGCAUAUCUACAAGCAGCGGGCAAGAUCAGUGGAAUCAAUUAAUUUUGGAUGAAAUGAAGACAAUCCAGAGCAUCCUGCCCCCAAACAGCACAGCACAAUACUAUGUUCAUGUUCUCACCGAGAUCACUGAGUUCAUCUUAUACCCUAACCACGGCAACAUGAGUCUUUGGGAAAGUUUUGAGGGUCUAUCAAUGGAAAACUUACCAGAAGCUUUUGGCCAGUUUACCAAACUUGUGGGGAUGUUUGUGCAACUUGUAACAGAGGGCCCACCUGCUUCAUCUUUUGACAAUUUGAGGCUUAUUGUGCCUGUUUUGGAACAGGUGAUGACUGGGAAUGCAGAUCAACACACAUGGGUCAAACUUGAGCAGAUGCUGAAAACCCUACUUGGUGCCUUUGAAGGACAGGAAACUUGGAACAACUUCUCAUCCAUAAUGCCUCUUUUGGAAAAACUCACCGAAAAUGUGGUCAAGAUCAUGCGAGCAAACAGCGAGAUGCUACAAAGCCUUCAGGUCCCUCUGGUGGCCCUGAUGAGAGACAUUGUAGUGUCUGCGAACCGCAGCCAUCUGAACAUCUCUGAGCUCACAAUGAAAAUGCAGCUUGCAGUUGAAGGGACACUUCAAGCUGCCCAGCAGGCAAAUGGCACUUUGAACUGCAGCGAGGCUCUAAAAGCAUGGCAGCCUGUUGGAGAUGCAGCAGGGGUUAAACUUUCCACAGUUGUUGCGUGGUGUGACUCCAGCCUGCAGCCUGUUUUGGAAGCCUAUGCAGCAUCACAGGCUGAGCUGUCCCACCUGAACAUGAGUCACAUGAGCAUGGAACCAAUAAGUGUGAGCUCCGCAGCUGGCAGGAUGGUCAAAAUAUUACAGUCUCUCUAUCACGUCAGCAUUAACCACACACAUGUGAUAGAGCAGUUCAUCAUGACUCUCUCCAGUGAGCUCCCCCAGCUGACAGGCCUGCAUUUGAGCUACGAGGGACAAAAUUACUGGAACAAGCAGCUCCAGGGCAUGCAGUUGCAGAGCAGUUUGGCUGGGAUUAAAGAACUUUCAGAUGAACUGCUUGAUGUAGCUCCUUUCCUCCAGCCCUACGUUGAAGCUGCAUUCAUAGCAAUGAGCCACAUUCUGGACAACUACCACCUCAAUGAAAGCAGCAGCUCAUCCCAUGAGCUCAUCCAAGAAGCAGCAAUGAUCUUCUUAGCCUCUGCAAACAUCACUUUGAAUGACAUCUACCCUAUGAUGUCAGGAAAUGCUUCUGGAGUUAAUUUGGCUCUUCUCGCUGACACAAUGGAAGAGAUAAUUAAACAGAUCAUGGAAACAAGGGCUUUUGGACAUUCACCUAUGAUUUACCAGGCCAUGGAGCACUUCCUUGCAACGAACAGCUCUUACUUAAUGAUAGAACGUGUAUCUGAGAUGUUCAUGUGGCUGGUCUCAACUGAAGCCUCUCAGCUGGAACUGCUAAGUCAGACUCUUUCCAAGAUGUAUGAAAUUGUCCGAAUUCCUUUAUCUAUUCUGACCAAAGUGAGUGUGGACAUGGAUAUGGAAGUCUACGAGGAGCUAUUCGCAAACAUCUUUGCAGCUUUUAACCACAUUGUUGCCAGUGGUCUUCUGCCCCCAAGUUCCCAAUAUCAUUACGAGUCUGUCGGACACCAUCUAAUGAAUACCCGGCGAAAACGCGACCUGUCGCAGAUGAUGACGAGGGACCCCAUGUCUGACAUCAUUGAUAUGUUCUACAUCGACUACCCAAGCAUGUUUAGAGCGCUUUCUGUAGCCCCAACAACAGCAGAAGUCACAGAGACAGCCCAUGUGUUCUUUUCAAAUCCUGAUCUGAAUGUUGUGAUGAAAGGAACAACGAGUGGCAUGCCAUGGGGCUUUAAUGCCUCACGGGAAGAAACUAUUGAUGCCACCCUUGGAAUGUUCUCCUUCUUCACUCAUCCACAAGUGUUUGAGACGCCAUCAUUGGAUAUCCUGAAAAAUGCAGCAGAGAUCCUUCCAGAGGGUUUGCCGUUUGCCUCAGAGAUAAAAUCUAUUAGCAGGACCCUGGCAAACGAAUCUCCAGAAAACCUGAGACUCAUGCAGGAAGCCGUCCAAACAGCAACCGAGCUCUUUUAUAUCAGCCCAAGUGACCCCAGGUUCACAGAUCAACUAAGCCAACUGAGAUCUGAGGUGUGUGUGUUGGAAAAGACUGAUUCACUGGCCCUUCUCCUGCAUUCACUCUCCAUGAAACCAGGGGAUCUCUGCCAUAAAGUUUUGCCAAGCUUGCAGGUCUUGGCUGAUACCAACAUAACCUCUCUGUCAGAAAUCCUCUUCCAGGCCCUUGUGGGAGAUCCCAGAAGUUACAACCUCCAGUCAGACUGGUCAACUGUGUUGACUGAAGCACUUGGCUUAAACAUCAGUGGCCUGAGUGUGCUCAAUGUUUCAUCUCCAGUGGUUACAUUCGGGGAGAUGCUGAGGAAUAAGGAAGCUUUCAUUCAGGCCGUCCAUGAACACAUGAAUGUGGAUCCUGAAGCACUUCUUGUCCUGAUGGAAACCCCUCUACCAAACAACACAGAGACCCUUUCUUGGCUGGUGAACCUGCGUUACUGUCACCCCUCUGAAUCAGUUAACACAUCAGAGGCGGCCGUUCUGGCGACCUUCUGCACUAUGACUGCUAAAGACUGGUACAAGUUUUCACUGCUGACGGCUGAACAUGUAAACUCAAAGAAGCUUGUUUACAAGGCGGUGUUUUCUGAGGAACUCCAGGGCCUGGUUGGUGUCAUGGCUCAGGUAGCAAAGGUUGCAACCGAAAUGAUGACCAAGAUUGCUCCUGCAGUCAGGCAGUUGGAAAGCUACCUGCUCUCCGUCAAAGAUUUAAAUCUGGAAUCCAGCAGUGAAUUUACAGAAAUGGGAAGAGGAAUGAGACGCAGCAUGUCCACUAAAGCUACGUUUGUGACCCUUUCCCGCGCUCUCUGCAGUAACGGCAUCAUCGCUCUGUUUGGAAUCUCCAAAUUGCCUGAGCUGUCUGAAACAGGACCCUCUUUCCCUGACAACCAAAAGAAGGCUGAGAUGAUUGAGAGGUUCAAGAUCCCAAAGGAUGCCUCUCCCUUUUGCAUGAACAUGUACCUGGACAUGGUCAACACCACAGGAGGAGCCAUCGCCUGGGCCUUCCUGAAACCCAUGCUGAUGGGCCAGAUCCUUUUCACACCCGACACACCAGCCACCAGGGACAUAAUGAAAAAGGCCAAUGCGACCUUGCACGAGUUUGCAAAUCUUAAAAAAUCCUCGGAGGACUGGAUCGAAUCCUCAAAUUACAUCAUAAAGUCAGCCGAAUUACUCAGCUCCACUUUGCCAAUGCUGCAGAAUUCCCUCAGCAACUCCUUUGUGAAGAAUUUCAUUGAGAUGCAGACAGACAUAAAUGUCGACAGCAUAAAGGAGACGCUCAGCAGCUUCUCUAACAUUACAGAGAUGCUUCACAAGAACAAGGAAAUACUUGAUCAAAUCAGCACCUUGUCAAACCUGAUGGUGAAGCUCUCCUCUUGCAUCAAAUUUGACCGUUAUCGUGGUUUUGACUCCGCUGAAGAGCUCAACACUGUGGCGCAAGAGCUCGCCAAAAACCGUGAGCUCUAUGCAAGUGUCAUCUUUAAGACUGAAGAUGCAACUUCAUCCCAACUGCCUCCUAAAGUCAGCUACACCAUCAGAAUGCACAUGGACAAUGUAAUGCGUACAGACAGGGUGCGAAACCCCUACUUUGUGAGGGACAACCACAUCUCGGCCAGCCAUACCAUGCGCUACAACCGAGGGUUCGUCUACCUGCAGGAGAACAUCGACCGUGCAAUCAUUGAAACCCAGGCUGGGCAGAAAGUCACAGAGCCAGCAGUGCAGCUGCAGUCCUUCCCCUAUCCAUGCUAUUUGCGCGACGAGUAUCUGGAGGCCAUCUCUUUUGUCUUCCCUUUAUUGCUGAUGAUACCAUGGGUGUUGUUUGUGGCUGACUUUGUGAAAAAGCUGGUUCAGGAGAGAGAGCUGAGGCUGCAUGAGUACAUGAAAAUGAUGGGUGUGAAUCCAAUCAGCCAUUUCUUUGCCUGGUUCCUGGAGUGCGCCUCCUUCCUGCUUGUGACCAUCAUCAUCCUAACAGUGGUGCUGAAGUGUGGAAACAUCCUGCCCAAAAGCGACGGCUUCCUCAUCUUCCUCUACAUCUGUGACUUUGGGCUGAGCAUCCUUUCCUUCUGCUACCUGAUCAGCUCCUUCUUCGACAAGACCUACAUCGCUGGCCUAAGCGGAAGCCUUAUCUACAUCCUCAGCUUCUUCCCUUUCAUCGUAGUCAUGUCCAUGGAGACUAAUCUAAACUUUUCCCAGAAGAGCGCUUUGAGUUUGUUUUCGCCGACCUGUUUCAGCUACGCCAGUCAAUACAUUUCCCGCUAUGAGGCCCAAGGAGAAGGAAUUCAGUGGAGCAACUCUUACAGCUCUCCCAUAGCUGGAGACACAGCAACAUUUGGCUGGCUGUGCUGGCUCCUGCUUAUUGACUCUAUUCUGUACUUCCUCAUCGGAGCGUACAUCAGAAUGGUCUUCCCAGGAAAAUAUGGCAUCCCAGCUCCAUGGUAUUUCCCCUUCCAGCUCUCCUUUUGGACCAACCUGUGCAGUAGCUUGCAGACCAACACCAAUACAGGCAAAGGACUCCUAUUCUCCAACAUCAUGCAGGACAACCAGCCUGUAUUUGCAGAUGGUAAAGGAAAAGGCAAAAACAGCCUUUCUUACCAGUCUGGGGAGGACUUCUCUGAGCUUCCAGUGGGAGUUUCACUUCAUGGUCUCACCAAGUUGUAUGAUGACCAGGCAGCUAUUCAAAACCUUAAUGUCAACUUCCAUGAGGGCCAUGUCACCUCACUGCUUGGUCACAACGGUGCUGGCAAGACAACUACCAUGUCCCUUCUGACUGGCCUAUAUCCCCCAACAUCGGGCUCUAUUGAGGUGUAUGGCAAAGACAUGCAGAGAAACAUGGAGAAAGUUCGCAGAGAGCUGGGGGUCUGCAUGCAAUAUGAUGUCCUCUUUGACUACAUGACUGUUAAGGAACACCUGCUGCUGUACGGCCAGAUCAAGGCUCCACACUGGUCACAAAGAGAGCUACGAGAACAAGUCCGCACCAUCCUCGGGGAGUCAGACAUGUACGCUCACCGACACAAGCGGGCAGACACCCUGUCAGGUGGCAUGAGGCGCAAGCUCUCAAUCUCCAUCGCCUUCAUCGGUGGCUCUCGCUUGGUGGUUCUGGAUGAGCCUACAACAGGAGUGGAUCCCUGCUCCAGACGCAGCAUAUGGGACAUCAUUAUUCAGCAUAAGAAGAACCGGACCAUUAUUAUGUCCACCCACCACCUGGACGAGGCUGAAGUGGUAAGUGACCGAAUCGCCUUCCUGGAGAGAGGUGGAUUGAAAUGCUGCGGAUCACCCUUCUACUUGAAAGACAAGCUGGGUCAAGGCUACAAGCUCACCCUCACCAAGAAGAUCCAAAGCCCAGAGGCCGAGCGCGUUGACGGUGCUGACCUGAAGGCCUUCAUCCAAGCUCAUCUUCCUGAAGCAAGACUAAAAGAAACCCAGCGGGGUGAUGUGGUCUACUCUCUGCCCCCCUUCACUUCUUCCAACGCCUCUUCAUAUCGCUCCCUCCUGACAGCACUUGAUGCAAACCUGGACAAUCUUCAGCUUGGAGGCUAUGGCGUGUCUGACACCACACUGGAAGAGGUGUUCCUCCAGCUAACUAACGGAGGUCCCGAAGGCGAGUACCAGCCCCUCUCUAUCUCUGAGACGGUUUCUGACACUUCUUCUAUCGACAGCAUCCCAUCAGACUCCAACGACAGCAGCUGCAACCUUGGUGACAAGAUCAAGCUUACCAGUUCAUCCACUCUGUCAGGCAUGGCCCUGGCAUGGCAGCAGCUAACAGCCAUGUUGAUAAAGAGGUUCCAUCACAGCCGGAGAGACUGGAAGGGUCUGAUCGCCCAGAUUCUGCUUCCUGUUCUCUUUGUAACAGUUGCUAUGGCCCUGGGCUCCAUCAAGAGCGACUUGCAGCAUUACCCUGAGAUGGAGCUGAGCCCUGCUCUCUACAACAUCGGACCAAGCUACUCUUUCUUCAGUAACCAGAAUCCCAGAUCAAGCCAUCUGGUGGACACCAUGAUGUCAUUCCCAGGGAUCGAUAACGCCUGCCUCGACAACUCUGAUAACCAGGUCUGCACAAGGAGCACAAACAACUGGAGCUCCAGAGGGAACAUAUCCAAACCAUUUAGUGUGUGUAAAUGCAACCAACAGGAACAGAUAUGCAAUAAGAACAACUCUCAGCCUCCCUACAAGAAGGCCCCCUCGUCUCAGAUCGUCUAUAAUCUGACUGGCUUUAAUGUGGAGAACUACCUGGUGGCUACAGCUAAUGACUUCAUCAGGAACCGGUAUGGCGGUUUUGCUUUUGGCAUGCCACUCCCACCUGACUUACGAAUGGACCUUAAGACUGUUCCCAACAACCGCACACUGUCUAAGGUCUGGUUCAACCCUGAGGGGCACCACACAAUGCCGGCAUACUUAAACAGCCUCAACAAUUUGAUCCUGCGUUCCAAUAUUCCAGCAGACAAAGAUCCACAGAAAUAUGCAAUUUCAGUCUCCAGCCACCCCUACUUUGGCCGAAUGGAUGAUGAAGACACGAUCGUCGAGGGAAUGCUCCAGAUUUUGGUGGCCAUGUGUAUACUGACAGGAUUUUCAAUUACGACAGCCAGUUUUGCUAUCUACGAAGUCAGUGAGCACAGGAGUGGCUCCAAGAGGCUCCAGCACAUUGCCGGCAUCAGCGAGCCCUUCUACUGGGCUGUGAACUUUUUCUAUGACAUGGUCAUCUAUUUGAUCCCAGUGACUCUGACUAUUUGUGUGAUCGCUGCCUUCCAAAUUCCAGCUUUUACGGAUCGACAAAAUUUAGGUGCCAUCAGCCUACUUCUUGUGCUCUUUGGGUUCGCCACAUUCCCCUGGAUGUAUCUGUUAGCAGGGCUCUUUAAAGAUGUAGAAAAAGCCUUCAUCGCCUAUGUGUGCAUCAACCUCUUCCUCAGCAUCAACACCAUCAUUUGCACCUCCAUUCUCUACUUUUUGGGACAAAUAUCAAGCCAGAAUUCUGAGGUCAUUCAUGAGAUACUGAAGAAGCUGAACCACGCAUUCCUCAUCUUCCCUCAGUUCAACUUUGGGAACGGACUAAUGGAGCUGGCCAGGACAAACAUCGAGGUCCAGAUUCUAAAUGGCUAUGGAAUCGAUGCCUACAAAAAUCCAUUCUCCACAGAGAGCUUGGGAUGGAUGUUCAUAUCUUCCUUCAUCCAAGGCGUUUUCUUCUUCACCCUGCGCCUCCUGCUCAACAGGCGUUUCGUACGCAAAGUCAGGCAUCUAAUCUUGGGAAGAAAGACCCUGCCUCAGGAUGCUCUAGAAGAAGAUGAUGAGGAUGUGGCGACAGAGCAUCUUCGAGUGGCCAGCGGAGCAGCCAGCUCCGACCUGCUGCAGAUCAACCAGCUCACUAAAAUCUAUCAACACCUCAAUAAGAAGGUGCCUGCUGUCAAGAGCUUGUCUGUGGGCAUCCCUGCUGGAGAGUGCUUUGGCCUCCUUGGGGUGAAUGGGGCAGGAAAAACAACCACCUUCAAGAUGCUGACUGGAGAUGUGAGCCCAACUGAUGGCUCUGCACAGAUCAGGGACAGCGAAGGGCGCUUGGUAGACAUCAUGGAGUGCCGUGACAAGGGAAUUAACAUUGGCUACUGUCCCCAAGUGGAUGCUCUUGACGAACUGCUCACUGGAGAAGAACAUUUGUACUUCUAUUCCCGCAUUCACGGCAUCUCAAAGAGGGAGAUAGCUGGGGUGGUGAACUACCUUCUGAAGAGGCUGGAGCUGAAUUACCACAGAAACAUCAUUACUGACCAAUACAGCUGUGGAACCCGCAGAAAGCUCUCCACUGCUCUGGCUCUCAUCGGACAUCCACAAAUCCUGCUCCUGGAUGAGCCAAGCUCUGGCAUGGAUCCACGCACCAAGCGUCAUCUGUGGAAGAUAAUCACAGAAGAAGUGAGGGGCAAAUGCGCAGUUGUCCUCACCUCUCACAGCAUGGAGGAGUGUGAGGCGCUCUGCAGCCGUCUUGCCAUCAUGGUGAAAGGUCAGUUCCGAUGCCUGGGCUCCCUGCAGCACAUCAAGAACAGGUUUGGCAGCGGGUUCACAGUGAAGAUGUACUUGGCCGAGCCCUCAUGUGAUUCAGAGGAAAUCACUGCUUUCAUGCAGCGCAGAUUCCCCACCACAUACCUCAAGGACCAGCACUCUGCCAUGGUGGAAUACCACGUACCAAACGCUCCUGGAGGGGUUGCUGACAUCUUCAGCCAGCUUGAGUCCAACAAGCAUGCACUGAGAAUCAAACACUUCGCUGUGAGCCAGACCACACUGGAUGAGGUCUUCAUCAAUUUUGCCAUGGGAAACAUUGGCAUGGAAACCAUACCGAUUCACAAUGAAGACCAGUUCGAAGACCUGGACUCAAUUAAAGCUGUAAAAACAUAGACCUGAUCAUUCCAAAUUAAUAAAGUAAUUUAACCAAAUUUAAAUCUAUUUCUUAAAAGACUGAUCAAUUUAAGGUUAAAUGAACUGUUUCUAUAUCCCAACCUUUAAUUAUUUUAAAAAGCAUUACUUGCACUGUUAUUUACACAUGACUUGAAUAAGUUGACAAACUGAUCAUGUGCUAUUUACUGCUUUUCUUUGUUUACUCCCGAUGUAACAGAUCACAAUAUUCAUGCAAUUAAAUUAUUCUUUUUGUGAUUGGGCAUCUAGAAUUGCUUUUCAAAAAUGGGUAUUCAUCAAUAUAAUUCUUAAAUGUACAAACAUAAUGUACAUAAUGGAGCAAUGCUUUGAUUGCAUGCCCCAAUGUAUCACAUUUUAAUAUCUAGGUAAAUAUAAUUGUCAGUACUAGGUGAUACUAAAAGGAAAUUAUAUGUACUCACUGUUUGAAAAAAAAUUUUUUUCUACUUCUUAAACCCUCUAGGGAUAUAAUUGCUUUAUUAGCUCUUCUAAAUAUUAACCAGUCUCUAUUUGAACACUUGAACUGUAAUCUUGGAUGUGUUGAUUAUGUUUUUUAAUCAAAAUAAAAUUUUCAAGUGCUGUUGCAUAAAUGA